CCUGUUUCUGGCACAAUCUCACUCUGCAUUGUGCGUGCGUCCCACUUGACGCCGUCCGAGGGUUAUCAUCAGUGAUCAAUAUGCACGAAGACGGGCGGGCGCAGUCGCGGCAUAAUGCCGGACACUCGCUGCCACCUUGCUUUCCCAAGCCCGUUUUGCACACGCCCUACUACUGCGAGGAGAAUGCAUACCAUCUCGCAAGCUCUCUGCUUUGCGGCUUGGAGGCGAAGCAAACUCCUGGCGCAUCACUUUCGUCCCCACAAACAUGGCCGUGGCGAUCUCCAGCAAUCCAGGUCUACGACCUGCAGAGUAGCAGCCUAUGGACUCAGGGACAAGCGGAGCCGUUGUCUCACUGGGAAGUGUUCGUGGUAAUCGUGACGAACGAAGCCAAGUCAGUGGCAAUGUGGUAUCAGACGGCGAGCAGGGUGAGCGUCGAGGAGGGAUGGUGGGUACGGCAAGUGCAAGAAGAUUCGAAGCAAAGUAAAGCGUGGGUCUUCGACCCCGACUCCUGGCUUUGCCAUAGCAGCAAGAUAGCUGCUUUAUCAACGGGUACAGAGAGCCAAUCACAACCGAUAGGGCUUGAAGACUACCUCUCGCUGUCAUUUCAGCUCCCAUCUGUUCCCGAACCAGCUUCCUCGCCUUCCUCCUCGUGCCGAAAAGGAACCUCGGACCACCAGCACCUGCAACCUGUCUUUAAGCUUGUGCCAGCACGUCAUUUCCUCGACAACUUUGCGAGCGACCGGAGUCACAUGCUGCGAUCGCGGCCCCAAGCACCCCCCGUGCGGACGCUGGGCCCUGCAGAGACCCGUGUGAGCAAUGUCGGCGACGAGGCAGAGGCUCCAGGCGGUCAGGAGGGGAUGGCAGACAGCAUAAAGAGCGAAGAGGUGGUUGAAGAUAUGCUGGCUCGGAGCGCUUCGUCAGAAGGAGAUUACCUCGCCCCAGUACCUCCUUGGCCGCCGAUCGCUGGACCAGCUGCUCUCGCACGGGCUGAAACGAACAAUCUCUUCGACAUAUGGCUCCGACUUGAGCCGAAUACCGAAGGAGAGAAGGUCGCGGAAGGCCGAGAUGGCGAAGUUGUGAUGAACAGAGGAAAUAGGGAGGAAGGGAAGGCGGCACGUGUAAUCAGAAGUAAGGUUGAACUCCUGCAAGUCAUCUUCAAGGAAUCUAAAACGUUAACGUGA